GGGAAAGUUUUAAUCAAGCGCGGGAGCAAAAGCAAGAGAUUUGCAAAUCUCUUGCAAACUCCAGGCGGGGCGGUUGGUGGCGUGGGGGGAUAUACUGGGAGCGGGGUGGUGGCCGAGCGAGGAAUUGGAGGAGGAGGACGGGACAACGAAAGAGGCAGCGAGCCCCGCUCUUCUUCUUCUUCUUCUCCGCCCGCCGCCUUGAAGGACCGCGGAGGGGAAGGUGCUCGGCGGCGCCCCGCGAAAUUUGAAAGUGAAAUCCGCCUUGCGGCGGAUCCCAGGCGGCUCCGGAUCCCGUCGUUCCAGGAGGAGGAAGAGGAGGAGGUAGUGGUGACAGAGGGUUGCUUGGAGGUCCUUGGGAUUUGACGCUCUUUUCAACAACAGGCAGCAAGGAGAGAAGAUGGACCUGAUUUCGGCCAAAGCAGCUCCCACCAGGAGGAAUCUUUUCGGCCCAGUGGACCACGAUCAUUUGCUGCAGGAGUUCCAGAGCAUGAUGAGAUCCAGCAUGGAACAGGCGAAGCAACGGUGGAACUUCGACUUCUUACAGGAUAUGCCCGUCGCGGGACUUCUCCAGUGGGAAGAGCUGCAGGGCCACGAGGUUCCCGCCUUCUACCACACGCACGUCGUCAGGGAGUCUCGCCCGCCUCUGCAGCCCGUGAACAGGACUGUGGACAGGGAAGGGAAAGUUCACCUCCUGGGUAGAGAGGCGGAAAGAGGCAGACCGGUCAAAACAGCGACGCUACGGAAGAAGCGAAGACAGACGUAUUUGACAGAUUAUUAUACAACAAAGAAGCAGAUCAGGACAGAUAUGCAAACACCUGUAAAGAAAUUGGCCUUCUAAACUGAUGGAUCGCUUCCCAGAUAUUUUUUUCCCCUCUUAAAAGAACUUCCAAGCUUAUACAACACUUCAGAAUGAUCUCUACUGAUAACAAACCCUUUGUAGCUGCGCGUAGAAGGAGGUGAAAAUGAGAACAGUUAUUAAAAGAACAAAACUCUUAUGAAACGGCAAUCCAGCCAAAUAAAAACUGAAUAGCUCAGGAAACUUUUUUUUUAAAAAAAAAACUGAUUGUCAAGUAUGAAAAAGACCGAUUGCAGCAACAAUCUCAUUUCAAAACAAAUUGCUUAUCGUAUUAUUGUCAGAAACGUUUAAAAUACUGCAUAUGAACAAACGGGGAGCAGCAUUCUACCACUUUCCGUGUUGUGUUUUUUAUUUUAUUUUUUUACUUGUUUCAUAUAUAUAAGGUUUUCAUCUCAGCGCGAAAAGCAGAAAUGUUUACCGGCUUCGUGAAUUUUAAGUUUUGGAAACGGAAUCAGAAUAUCUGUUUCUCUAUUUGCACCCAACUCUUUUUAAGGAGCAUAUUCAGUUUCCAUUCAGAAGUUACUAAAUUUUACCAUUUAGUGCAAGUGGAUUGCCUCCUGCAAUCUUCCCCCCCUUCGCCCCCUUAACUAGUCCCUUCCCCCCGUUUCUUAUGGCAGCUGAAGCAGGCAAAGCUGAGGCUGACAUUCGGCCCCUCUUGCAGAAGAGACGUUAUUCCUAGAUAAGAGGAAGGAAAAGAGAGAGAAACAGAAUAUAUACAAUAAUUAUGGUUUAUCUGGGUAUUUGGUAUAGAAUUGCUGUAUUUUCUUGGGAGCUCGGACAUCCCGUUUAUUCACCCAUUCAGCCUGAGACAAAGGGAAAUGUUUCCAGGCUAUCAGAUAUUGGACUUUACCAUGGUGUUUCCUAGAGUCCAAGAUUUCCUUAACUUCAAAAUGUUGCUCCCCCUCUAUGAGAAUGGGAACUGGAGGGGUGCUUUGGUCAGCCCUUAGGGGAGACGAGUGUUCAGGUUUUAAUAAACUAACAUGAAAUACAGGAUGUAUACGUCUCAACGUUUUUGGCAAUUCCAAAACACACACAAAAAGGGUGGAGUUUGAUCUCACAAUUGCUAGCACACCUUGAUUAUUAUUAUUUUUUUACACAAAAUGCUGUAUCUUGCAGCUGGAAAAACCUAGAAAAAUGGGUUUUGCAGCCUGCUUUUGGAAGUCCUCUGUCCUUUGGAUCAGAAUUCUUUUCAUAACAAUAUGUUUUGAUUGCAAUAGAUGUUUGUUUUAAAUAUUCCUGGAGAACAUGUCUUUAAUCAUAUACUGUAUGUGUGUUGUGUGCUUUAGAUUUAGUAAAGCUGGGUUUAAAAGCAGACGAAGGUGGGAUAAUACAAGCCUGGCCAUAUUUUGCUAAAUUUAUAUCAACUAUGAAUUGGCUUUAUUCAGAUGCAUUCGCGAAAAACGGCACAUGUCCCUCAGAUUAAACCGUAAAUCCUACAUCAUGUAUUCUACGUUACAUUUUGUCAUUAAAUCCCUGGUUUUGGAAGAUUAA